AUGCCUGCCAAUCCUCCCAAAUCCUCCCUCCUCCUCCACCGCAUCAACGACACAACCUCCUCCUCCGCCGCCACCCCUUCCUCGGCCGCCGCCUCCUGCCAGAAGCGCUGGUGCGCGCUUCCCCCGACCGCCGCGCCCCUCCCCGACGCCGUCGCACGCUACCACAGCCACCCCGUGGGGCCCAACCAGUGCAGCUCCGCCGUGGUGCAGCAGACCACGGCCCCCGUCUCCACCGUGUGGUCCGUCGUGCGGAGGUUCGACAACCCCCAGGCCUACAAGCACUUCGUCAAGAGCUGCCACGUCCUCGUCGGCGGCGGCGACGUGGGGUCCCUCCGCGAGGUCCACGUCAUCUCGGGGCUCCCCGCGGCCAACAGCACCGAGCGCCUCGAGAUCCUGGACGACGAGCGACACGUCCUCAGCUUCAGCGUCGUGGGCGGGGACCACAGGCUGGCGAACUACCGCUCCGUCACCACCCUCCACGUGGCUCCCGCCGGCGGCACCGUCGUGGUGGAGUCCUACGUCGUGGACGUGCCCCCCGGGAACACGAAGGAGGACACGUGCGUUUUCGUCGACACCAUCGUCCGGUGCAACCUCCAGUCGCUGGCACAGAUCGCCGAGGACCUGGCGCGGCGGAGCAAGUCGGUGAUGUCGUCGCCGCCGGCUGCACCCCAAUCGUGA